AUGGAUGUUACAAAUGUUGUUGCUGGUAAUAUUUUAUAUUUUAAUAUGUCAAAUUUAGAUAUCAAUUCACCAAUAUCUCUAUUGGUUCAUCAUCAACAAUGGAUAAAAGAAUAUUUGAAUGAUGAUCCAAUCUAUCCUCAAGGAUUACUAGAUAAAGCUUGGCCAGCACAAUGGAAUGAUACAAUUAAAAUGUUUCAAGUUGAAUUUUAUUUGCCAAGAAAUUCGAGACAAGGUCCAAUGUCUUAUGCCCUCUUUUUUAAUAGAAAACAAUGGGUAUUGAAUAGUGCAUUAGGUAGUAAUGCUUCAUUUAAUGUAAUUUCAGAAAAUGCUGAUUUAAUGGGUCCAAUAUUUAAAAGAAUUCAAAAGUAUCCAUCUUCAUCACCAGUUACAAUUCAAACUAAUACUGAAAUUGGUUGGAAAUUAACAAUUAGUGAUCCAAUUAAUGGUUUUAAAAGUGGUUAUAUUGUAGUUAAAGGUGCAAUUGAUGGUUCAAAUUAUAAUUUUACAUUAUAUCCAACAACUGAUGUAUUUGAACAAGUAUAUACAGUUGGUAUUAAUUUAUCAACUCCUUGUAUUUCUCAAGACUAUAUUAUUUCUGAUGUAUUACUAUUUGAUACUGAAAAUAAUAAUUCAACAUUUUCAUUAUUUAGUGAUUAUAAAUUUAUUUUAAACUCUCUUUAUAAUCCAUUUAUGUACUAUUUUAAUGAUCCAUCAAUCAAUAAAAUAUCAGUUACUUGUCCAAAUGAAGUAAGUGAUCCAACACCAGUUGUAAUUAAAAAAUUUUCUAGUGAUAAAACUGUAGUUGAUGUAGGUUUAAGUGAAAGAGUUGUUUCAUUUAAUUUAGAGGUUGAAAAUUUAGCAUCUGGUGUUAAAAAUAAUAGUUACCCAGUAAUUUAUUUAACUUCAACUGAUUUCAAUACAAUUCAAUGUCAAAUUACAUCUGAAACAAUAAUCAAUUCAAAUUCAAAAUCAUAUCAAUGUUCAAUUUCAUUACCAGUAGCAUAUGGUUACCCAUUUGGAAUUUUAUUAUCAGUUUAUGGUUUAGUAAAUAAUGGUGGAUAUUAUAGUGGUUAUAGCUCUAAUGAUUUUAAACAAUUAGGUUUCCCAUAUUUAAUAAAUACAACAUAUACAAUCGAUGUUCCAGUUAUUACAGGUUCUGAUAGAAUUUCUACAUUAGGUGGUGAUUUAUGGUUAACAGGUAAAGGAUUUAAAUCAGUUACUGGUGCAACAUUCAAUUAUAAAUCAACUACUAAACCAUUACAAGUUAAAAAAACUGUUGGGGGUGCUGCUAUUUUAUUAGGCGGUAUCUCUGAAAUGGAUCAAGGUAGUAACUUUAGUAUUAUAUUAGAAAAUGAUAAAUCAAUAUCUUCAAAUGAAUAUUUUAUUUAUCCAUAUCAAAAAGUAUUAUUAUUUAUUCCAGAUCCACCAACCCCAACUCAAACACCAACACCAACUGAAACACCAACUGAAACACCAACUCAAACACCAACUCAAACACCAACUCAAACACCAACUCAAACUCCAACUGAAACACCAACUCAAACUCCAACUGAAACACCAACUCAAACUCCAACUGAAACACCAACCCAAACACCAACCGAAACACCAACUCAAACACCAACCGAAACACCAACUGAAACACCAACUGAAACACCAUCUCAAACACCAUCUCAAACACCAUCUGAAUCUUCAUCUGAAACACCAACACCAACACCAACACCGACACCAACUAAAAGACCACAAUGUCCAGGAAAACCAGAAUGUGGUGGUUCAAAUCAAGGUUAUUGUGAUACUAGUACAUCGGGUUGUGUUUGUUUCACACCAUGGGUUGGUAUUGACUGUACAUCCAAAGUUAUUAUUGUACCACAACCAUCAAUUAAUACAACCGAUCCAUCAACCGAAAUUUCAACACCAAACGGAACAACUACCACCUCAUCGAAUCUUGAUAUUACAUUUAGAUCUUUAAUAUCAUUAGUAGCUUUAAGAGAACUCGAUUAUGAAUAUAAUGUAAUCAAUACCUAUUACUUUGAAAAAUGGAUUUACAGUGAUUUAACUAAUAAUACAUCAUUGUAUAUAACUAAUAUUACAAGAGAUGACAUUACAAUAUCACAAACAAAUGUAACUAUUCAAUGGUUUGAUAAGGCUACAAAUAUAUCAUUCGCUGGUAAUAAUUUACAAAUGAACCCAUCAACUUCAAAAUAUACAAUUUCAAUCAAUUCAUAUCCAUUUAGAAAUCGAUUAAGUAAAUUAGAAUUAUUAAUGUCAGCAACAUUUGAAUCAUCUAGCAGUGACGAUAUUUGUUCAUCUCAACAAUUUGGAAAUAAUACAAACGAAGAUUAUUUAAAAAUUCAAAUUGGAGAUCAUUCAAUGUAUGCAAGAUUCUUAAAAAGAGGUAUUGCAGAUGGACUAAUUACCCCAAUCGAUAAUAGAGUUAUUGAAAAUAAUCAAACUCAAUCAAAUUCUGAAUCAUUCUCAUCUUCAUAUAUUGGUAUUAUAAUACCACAGUAUAAAUCUGAAGUUAUAGUAGAUCCUGAUUUCUCAGUAUUAUUAGAUCAUUCAUCAAGUUCAUCUUCAUCACCAAAUUCAAUUUGUUCUCAAAAAUCCAGUGGAUUAAGUGGUGGUGCAAUUGCUGGUAUUGUAGUGGGUAGUGUCGCAUUUGCUGCAGUAGUAAUAUCCUCAGUUACCUAUCAUUUUGUAAUGAGAAAGAAGGAAAUGAAGUUUAAAAAUAAUAUUCAUUCAUUACAAAGUAGAAGCUAA